AUGGCCUCAUUCUACUGGUACUUGCUGUUGCUGCUGCUGUACUCCCACUUGGAGAGUUUGGCCCAGCAGUUCCUGAACCAUAUUUGUUACCUGUUCUCACUCAGCGGUGGGGCAGAGGCUGGCAGCUCAGGCAGUGACCAUGCAUAUCAUGGCCUCAUGGUGCCUUUCGCUGUGAUGAGCAUGUUCUGGGGCUUCGUUGGCUUCUUGGUGCCUUGGUUUAUCCCUAAGGGUCCUUACUGGGAAGUUAUCAUUACCAUAUUGGUGACCUGUCCAGUUUUCUGCUAUCUCUUUUGGCUGAUUUCAAUUCUGGCCCAACUCAACCCUCUCUUUGGACCACAGUUGACAAAUGAAGCCGUCUGGUAUCUGAAGCAUCAUUGGCCUUGAGGAGGAAGAUGUGCUCUACAGUGCUCAGUCUUUGAGGUCACGAGGAGAGAAUGCCUUCUAGAUGCAAAAUCACCUCCAAACCAGACUACCUUUCUUGACUUGCCGAUUUUGGUCAUCAGUUGCCUUAAACAUCAGCACCACAUUUAAAUGUUUUAUUCUACAGUGAAGUGUUUUUUCCUUCACUUUUUUACACUUUAACGAAUUAUGUCCCUACUUAAACUGAACUGUGCUGACUCCACAAAAUGAUUAUGUACCCUUCUGAGAUAGAAGAUGGUCUUCUUCUGAGAGAUAUGUUACUGCCUCCUUGGAAUCUGUGCAUUUGAAGAUGGCUCCUGCCUUCUCACAUGGGAACCAAUGAAGUGUUUAGAAACUGCUGCAAGACAAGUAAUACUCCAGUGGGGCAGUCAGUAGGAGAGCAUUUUCAGAGGGAAGAGCUGUCUCAACAGAAUUACACCUUACUGUAUUUUCAGGAUGAAUUUAUUAUUUCUGCCGUCUUUUGGAAUAAAUUAUUUUUCUGCUUUGUAUGGGGGGGAAAAAGAGAAUUUGGGCCAGGAACUGUGGCUCAUGCCUAUAAUCCCGACACUUUGGGAGACUGAGGUAGGCAGAUCACCUGAGGCCAGGAGUUCCAGACCAUCCUGGGCAGCAUGGUGAAACCUUGUCUCUACAAAAAAAAAAAAAAAAAAAAAAAAAAAAAAAAAAAAAUCACACAAAAAUUAGCCAAGCAUGGUGGCACGUGCCUGUAGUUCCUGUUACUUGGGAGGUUGAGGUGGGAGGAUUGCUUGAGUCCAGGAAGUGGAGGUUGCAGUGAGCUGAGAUCAUGCCACUGCACUCCAGCCUGGUUUCAAAAAAAAAAAAAAAAAUUGAAAAAUUUCUGGAAACAAAUGAUAAUGUAAAUACAGUAUACCAAAACCUUUGGGAGGCUGGGCAUGGUGGCUCAUGCCUGUAAUUCCAGUACUCUGGGAGGCCAAGGCAGGCGGAUCACUUGAGGACAGGAGUUGGAGACCAGCCUGGCCAACAUGGUGAAACCCCGUCCCUACUAAAAAUACAAAAAUUAGCCAGGCAUGGUGGCAGGCGCCUGUAAUUCCAGCUACCUGGGAGGCUGAGGCACAAGAAUUUCUUGAACCUGGGUGGUGGAGGCUUGCAGUAAGCCAAGAUCACACCACUGCACUCUGGCCUGGGUGACAAAGUGAGAUUCUGCCAAAAAAAAAAAAAAACAAAAACC